AUGACUUCCACGGAGAGCGAGCAGCCCCUUCGCACGUAUCGUGGCAACUGCCACUGCAAGGCUUUUGUGUAUGAGGUUCAAUUGCCUGAAAUCAAGGUUGUGUAUCGAUGCAAUUGUAGCAUUUGCCAUAAGAAGGGCUAUUUGUGGGUGUUUCCCGAGACGGUUGAUCGCUUCAAGAUUGUCAAGGGAGAUGAAAAUACCCUCACGGGCUACUCUUUCAAUGCCAAGAACCGCUCGCACAAAUUCUGCCCGACUUGCGCGACACCAGUCAUGGCAAUGGCGAAAGAGGGCCCUCCCAACAGACUUAUUGCCAUAAAUGCUCACUCACUUCAAAACAUUGACACUUGGGCGCUGGAGAAAGUUCCUGUCGACUUUGCCAAAAUUGAUCCUCAGUACCAAGCCCCUGAGCAUAAAGGCCCCGAACCAACUGAAGAAAUUGAAGGCGGUAAACUGUAUAAGGGUGGUUGUCACUGCGGUGCCGUUACCGUCGCCGUGACCAGUAAGCCCUUUGAUGAGACCUUUGAAGAAGGUGGUCUGGAGUGCAAUUGCAGUGUCUGCGAAAGAAACGGAUAUGUCUGGACGUACCCUCUCAACGAACAAGUUGUUCUACACGCUGAAGACCCAUCCAAUAUUGGUCGAUACGCAUUCUCUAUGCACAUCUUGAACAAGACGUUUUGUAAAAUUUGCGGCGUCAACCUCACAAACGAGUACAAAACGGACCAGACAGAGGAGCAGAUGGCCAGCAUGACCGAGGGCGGCAAGAAAUGGGCAGCAUAUGCUCGGACACACCACCCUGUUAAUCUUCGCGUCUUGCCAGAGGUGGAUAUUUACAAGAUGUCGAGGCGUUACAACAAGGGCUAUGCGGGUAUUCAACCGCAGUAUGAGAACCCAUGA